GCCUUCGUCACGGCGACGGGGCUGGCCUUCGUGGCGGUGCUGCUGAUCCUGGCGCUGACCCUGCGCCGCCCGGCCGAGAUCGCCCUGGUCACCCUGACCCUGCUGCUGGCCGCGCUCUGGACGGCCGGGGCGGCGGCGGCGCUGGGGCUGUCCUUCAACUUCGCCAACAUCAUCGCCCUGCCGCUGCUGUUCGGCCUGGGCGUGGCCAGCGCCAUCCACUUCGUGCUGCGGCUGCGCGAGGAAGGCGACGGCGAGGCGGUGCUGCGCAGCUCGACCUCGUCGGGCGUGCUCUUCUCGGCCCUGACCACCAUCGCCGCCUUCGGCAGCCUGGCCGUCUCCGGCCAUCGCGGCAUGGCUUCCAUGGGCGAGCUGCUGACCCUGGCGAUCGCCAUUACACUGGUCGAGGGCGCGAUGACGAUCCUGGUGACCGGCGCAAGCGGCUUCGUGGGGGCGGCGGUGGUGCGCCGCCUGCUGGCCCGCGGCCAUGCGGUGCGCGUGCUGGUGCGCGGCAGCAGUCCGCGGCUGAACCUGCAGGGUCUGGAGGUCGAGACGGCGAUCGGCGACCUGCGCGAGCCUGAGACCCUGAAGCCGGCGCUGUCCGGCUGCCGCGGCCUUUUCCAUGUCGCCGCCGACUAUCGCCUGUGGACCCGCGACCCGGCGGUGCUCUACGCGACCAACGUCGUCGGCACCAAGGCGCUGCUGCGCCAGGCCGCCGAGGCCGGGGUGGAGCGCAUGGUCUACACCUCCAGCGUCGCCACCCUGAAGCUGACCGGAAGCGCCGCACCGGCCGACGAGCGCUGCCAGGCGACGCUGGCCGACAUGACCGGCGAGUACAAGCGCAGCAAGUUCCUCGCCGAGCAGGCGGUGCGCGGCCUGGCCGAGGAGGAGGGUCUGCCGGUGGUGAUCGUCAGCCCCAGCGCGCCGGUCGGUCCCGGCGACGUCAAGCCGACCCCGACCGGCCGGGUCAUUCUGGAGGCCGCCAUGGGCAAGAUGCCGGCCUAUGUGGAGACCGGUCUGAACCUGGUGCACGUCGACGACGUGGCCGAGGGGCACUGCCUGGCCUUCGAGCAGGGGCAGCCGGGCGAGUGCUAUAUUCUCGGUGGCGAAAACAUGAAGUUGCGGGAGAUUCUUGAUCUCGUGGAUGAGCUGCGCGGGCGGCGCCAGCGUCGCCUGCGUCUGCCGCACCGGCUGGUGCUGCCGCUGGCCUACGGGGCCGAGGCCUGGGCGCGCAGCUUCGGCGGCGAGCCCUUCGCCACGGUCGACGGCGUGAAGAUGGCCGAGAAGCUGAUGUUCUUCUCCUCGGCCAAGGCCGAGCGCGCGCUCGGCUACCGUCACCGCCCGGCGCGCGCGGCGAUCGCCGAUGCCCUGAGCUGCGCGGCCGGCGCCCGGCGGCCGGGCCGCUGGCGCGCCUGGCUGCUGCUGCUGGUCGGGGUGGCGCUGUUUGCCGGCGUGCUGGCGCUGGCGGACCUGGAGGGGGCGUUGUCGGCGCUGCGCGCCGCCGGCUGGGGCAUCCUGGCC